GCCCACACCACAGCUAGUCUGUGUCACAUGAUGCCCUUCCUGUCCUAUGCUAUACCGUUCUCCUGUGGCCCUGAUCCUCAAGUCUGCUGCAAGUUGGAUUUUAUCAACAGCAAGUGUUACUAUGGACAAGAAAAGGUGCCACCCAUCCGUGUUGACGACAGCAACGUGGCUUAUCUGGCUGAGGAACUGUGGGAACAGUUUCAGAAGAAGGCUGAGUUAUACCAGCAUGGGGUUCUACUGGUACCACAUGGGGAUGACUUCCACUACAGAUACUCUACAGAAUGGGAUAGGCAGUUGGGUAACCUCACCAAGCUCAUGAAUUUCAUCAACACAAACCCACGCAUGAACACAAAGAUAAGAUUUGGAACACUGAGUGAUUAUUUUACUGCAUUGGCCAAGAAAUCCACAGCCACUGAAGCACUACAGAUCCCGACACUGGCUGGAGACUUCUUCACCUAUACUGACCGUGCUGACCAGUACUGGAGUGGCUACUACACGUCCAGGCCACACCUCAAACACAUGGCCCGCAAAAUCCAGGCCAUUCUCAGGUAGUAACACUGGCACUAUUGUACAAAUGUGUAGUCAUGUGAACCUUACACUGCCAGUUGGAAAUGAAUUGGUUCGUUGUGGAAGUGUCACCG